AUGUCGUCCACCAUCAACGCCUCCAUUGAAAAGUUCAACGGAGACAAUUACGCAACGUGGAGCCGGUACAUGCGCGGUGUGUUUUUGACGAAGUCCGUCUGGCACGUCGUCAACCGUGAAGUGACUCCAACUUUCACCGACCCGCGAGCGUCCGAUGACUACGUCAAGGCAAGCAACGUCGCGUUUGGUAUGAUGCUGCUGCACAUGAACGCGGACUACCAUCAUGGGCUGGACAACUGCGAGGAAGCCUGGGUUUCGUGGACAAGUCUGAAGACGCUGUACGGUGGGUCGCAGAAGGCAGGACGCAUCUACCUCAAGCUACAACUUUUCAGUAUCAAGAUGGAUGAAGGCGCGAACGUCAUGCAUCACUGCAACGAGGUCCUCAACAUCUCCGCCAAGCUUAGCGGCAUCGGUGCGAAGAUGGAAGACGAAGACGUUGCAAUUUGUCUGCUACUCAGUCUUCCGAAGAGCUACGAAAAUGUUGUGCUCAACAUGGAAAUGAGCAGCACCGAGCUUCGCACUCAAGAUGUGGUGAGAGUCCUGACGAAUGAGCAUGCCAAGCGUCAAGGAGAAAAAGGGACAACGACAGCGACUACGGUGAAGGCUGAAGAUGCAAGCAAGGCAUUCAGCGCCGAGCGUGAGCCCUACCAAUGCACGUAUUGUGGCAAGGUGGGACACACGGUGGAUCGUUGCUGGACAAAGCAGAAGAACGAAGGUCGGGGAGCCCGACGCGGCGGCAAUGGUCGUGGACGCGGGGCUAACAAUGUCCAGUGGGGACAUCAUGAUGAAGGCAAUGGCUACGAUCGAGUGGCGUUUGCAGUCUCGUUCGAAUGUGGAGUUUCGACGAGCAAGGACGUGUCUGGAAUGUGGGCGGUCGACAGUGGUGCAACGCACCACAUUUGCCACGACAAGACCAAGUUCGCAAGUUUGGCAGAGCGCAAUGAGGGCGAACUCUUGGUGGCUGAUGGCAACAAGGUGGCCAUCAAGGGUGUGGGAACCAUCAUGGAAAAGGUGGUUCUGCCCAACGGUGAAGAGCGUGAGAUCGAAAUCAAGAACGCGCUAUAUGUUCCAAGUAUGAGCAAGAACCUGCUCUCGGUGCCACAGAUUAACAGCCAUGGCAAGUUUCAAGUCGUGUUUGACGGGUCCAAGAUGUAUGUGACUCUCAAGAACUCACAGCAAGUGGUGGCGACAGCGGAUCUCGUGGAUGGACUCUACUGGCUUCGGACGACUCAACGAUCAGCUAAUGUGACAACAAGUGGAACCAGUUGUGCCGAUCUACAUGCGAGAAUGGGUCAUGCUCCAGUCGAUAUACUUCGCAAGAUGAUCGCGACCAACAUGAUCAAAGAUGUGGGAGUACCUCUCGAGUCAAGUGGAUCAGGUACAUAUCGAGGAUGUCAGCAAGGGGAAAUGGUCCAAAAACCAUACCCAAGCAAUCGUGACAAGCGCAGCUACGAUACGUUUGAGCUACUUCAUCUGGACAUCUGCGGGCCCAUGGAAAAGGAUUCGCUCGGUGGCAGCAAAUAUUUGCUGCUGAUCAUCGACGAAGCCAGUGGAUGCAUGAAGGGCUUUUGUCUACGAGUGAAGUCCGAGAGUGAAGACUACAUCCGGAAAUAUAUCACCAUGGUACAGACGCAAUUCUGUAAGAAGGUCAAGUUCGUGCGACACGACGGAGCUCGCGAGUUUGCAACCAACUCGCUUCAACUGUUCUACAAAGACGAAGGCAUUGAACAGCAGACAACGGUGUCGUAUGCACAUCAAACACACGGAACAGCAGAGCGUGCCAUUAGGACUAUUGUAACGAUCGGUGUUGACGGUCAUCGAUUUUCUACCAGUAUUGGUAACCGUGACCGAUCCAAUCCGAACCGCCUGUUCAGCUUAGUAUUUACGACGUAG